AUGAUCCGCCGUUCCUCUCGCAAGAGCAAGCCCGACGAAGUAGCACAGGUCUCCGACGUGGCCGACACGUCUGUCCCCAAGACGAAGAAGAAGGAGAAGGCGCCGCCGUCGAGGAAGCUGAAGAACGGGCACGUCCCCUACGAGGACAAGCUCCCUCCCACCAAGUCUUCUGACCUCCCUCCUCGCCGGAAGCGCCCUGCCAAGGACGCCGAGGACGCCAACAUGGACUCCGACUCUCGCCUCACUCCCCUGCCUGAGGACAUGGUCAAGGACAACUGCAUCACCGCCGACACCAGCGACGAGGAGAAUGGCGGCGAUUAUCAGCCGGACGCCAAGGACAACGAAGACAGUGAUGUUUCCGUUGAGCUCAACGAGUUCGAGAAUGUCAACUCGAACCCCAAGGCCACGGGCACGAGCGGGAAGCCCAUUGUGCGUACCAAGAAGUACCAGUUGAUCGAGACUAUGCUCAACGCUGUGAAGACGACCAAGACGGCCAUCACAUCGGUCCUGCGGGCUGGCGCCAUGAAGAAGAAGCCGUGUCCCGACCCGUUCGUGUCCGACUCCGACUCCGACAGCGAGGGUAUGCCUGCUACUAUCAGUCAGCUGGCGAAGGGCAAGGCCAAGGCCACCGAGGACGUCCAAGCAUCCUCGUCGGACUCUGAAGUCAUCACCCGCGUUCCCCGUCAGCCCGGUGUGCCCACUCCGAGGUAUAAGGUUAAAGAGCGGGCUGCCCCUGAACCGCGCAAGUCCGACAAGGAGAUCGUCGAGGACAGCGAGGAGAGCAGCGAUGAGGAGGAACCCCCUAAGAGGAAGCCGCGUAAGCUUCCGGAGUCGUGGACGGCAAGCACACCCACGGCCGGCAAGUCGUCUGGUAGCAGCAAGGUACCGGUUAAGGGGCAGACCGUUCCGGUUCAGCUGAAGGUCAAGGGCACACCUGCCACUGGCAGCGUCAAGGAAUCGGCGAGCAAGAGGCGUACGAAGCUCAAGGCCCCUGGCGCUGGUAAAAAGGCCAAGAGGAUGGCCCUCAAUAACGACUCGGACGUCGAAGUCCUUGGUGCCGAGGAGCUUAACGAGAUGCAGACCGCUAAGCGCCACAAGUGGAUGCAGAUGAAGGCCCACGAAGCGAAGCAGCCUGUCUCUGCGCGCAUGAUCAUCGACCCCAGCACGCUCAAGUUCGCUCCUCUGUCAGAACAGAAGUCGGAGGUGCUGGUGAAUGCCAUCAGCGAGGCGCAUGCGUUCUGGUACCACUACUAUAUGUUCUUCAACCUGCAUGGACCACUGCCAAGGGCGGUGAAGGGUGUUGAUGUCGGCAAGGCAGCCAUCGCCGGGGCUGCGCUAAGGGCCGUCGUCACGGUUGGCAGCCAUCAUGCGGAAAUCAAGGAGCGUCUCGAGACGGACGACAAGUUCGUUGACAUUGUCUGCAAAUUUAUCCACAGCAGGAAGUCGGCUAAUCACGGAAAGUACGCUGGCAUCGCGUGCGACAUGAUCCUUGGCCUGUUCCCGGCUCUCAAGCAGGUCGUGGAGUCGAAGACUGCUAUCGACCAUCGCCGCGUCAUGCACGCCAUUACGGCGCUCCUGCAUGAGCACGCGUUUGUAUGGGAGGGCACACUGGCGCGCGUAGCGCCGAGCAACCCCGAGGAUGCCCGCAUGGAGUACCGCAUUCAUGCCGACGCGACAGGCAACCCUUACUUCCAGCCGGGCUUGGCGGAGUUCAUCACGAAGUCAUGCUUCAGUCAGGACAGCCGUGGCAUCAACAUCGACCACGACUUGUUCCCUGACCCGGCUUUCGUCAUUGAGGGCACGGAGAACGAGAACCGCAAGGAGGUCCCGCGCCAGUUGCUUGCGUUUGCUGCCGCGAUGAUGGAGCUUGCUCUCAAGGAGUAUACCGGUGGAACGUACUCUGCGCUCACCCUUCAUGAGCCCUUCCUCCGCAGACUCUACGAAUACCAUGAGAAGACCAUCCGCAACUUCGACCCCGUGCAGGCAUCGAUCCUGCUUCAGGAAACCUAUCUCGCAGCCCGCGAAUGGGAGCCCCGCGUCAUCGAGGAGGAAGUUCCUACCAUCGUGGUCCAGAAUACGUGGGAGGGAUUGAUUGCGUACUUCAAGUUCAGUCGCCGCUGCCGGCGCGGCGCACAGCCCGCUGAGGCCGGCCCGUCUGGCGAGCAGGAAUAG